CCUGUAUUGCAGUGCUGGAUUUAAUCUGAAACCUUACUGAUUACAGGAAAAAUAGAACUUCCAUUCUGCAUAUUAGGCCUUCACAUGAAAUUCUGCACGAAGUGAGAGUUAUAAUACUAUUCUUAACUUUGUCAUGUUAGAAUAAGUGUUUAAGUUAGGCCUUUUGUGUAACUCCCUUUAUUUGGUGCAGAGAAACUACCAGAUUCUAGUUAUGAGAGACCUCAAUGUAGAGGUCAGCUCUUUAAUUUUGCAUGUUAUUUUAGGACAACUAAAAGUAAGGGAACAGAAAUUACAAUGUGUGAAUAAAUUUUAAAAAUACAGGUUUAAAGUACAAAAUACUAAAAGGUACUUAAAUAGUUCCAUGUGCAUUCAUUAUAUGUAGGUAUGCCCUAAUACAACAGGCAGUUUAUGACUGGUUGAUUUGCUGAGCUCAGGAGACAAUGACAGUUCUUGUACUGAUGAAGCUCACAGAGAACAGAACUUGCAUGAAACACAAGAACACUUACAGGUUAGUCAUAGUUACAUGUGAAAGUUUUCUUGAGGAACAACAGAGGAGGAACAGGCUACCCGGUCAGUUCUGAUUAUAAAGUGAUGGCUCUGAGUAGACAUAUCCUUCCAAGGUCUUUGUUGAUAUUUUAGGUUGUCAGACUGAAAAAGUUUCUUUUGCUAAUUUUUAUUGUUUCUAUGUUCGGUGUUUCUGGCAAGAGAAAUAUUACUUUGUGGGUAACACAGGGACUCACACUUUGCCCUUUGGUCACAGGGAUUGUGUCACAGGUGAAAUAAUAAAUGGAUAAACAGAGAAGAGUGGGGUGAAGAGUUACUCUAAAAUCCGUUUUCUUUCCUUUUUUGGUCACAUUUUAAACUUUUCCCGUGGCGUUAUAAAGAAUCCCCAGAACAUCCAUGCUUCUAUAUCUUAACAGAUUUUCAAAAAAAUGAGUGGAAAGGAAAAUGAAGCAUUUAAAUAAAACACCAAAAAGUUAUUAUUAAUUUACACACACACUAGAAUUUGGUGUAGCUUUUUGAGACUUCUGGAAGCCACGAGGUGGCGCUGCAGGCUAAAUAGUUGAGAAAAAAACCUGAACUGACGUGGUUGCUGAAGUCACUGCGACAAAGACCGGUACAGAAGAAUUGAGAAAAGCUGUGGCAGCCCAGGACAGGAGAAAGGGGGAGAGGAAUCCUAGUUCCUGGCCAUUCUGAUUGGAGUCUGACACUGCUGUUUAUGCCGUGAUCCUGAUCAAUAUUGACAGAAGGAGCAGCUAUGGCAGCAAGAGGGUUGCACUUCCAGGCAAAAAGGCAAGUCGUAUUUCUCUUUCUGUUUGGGGGAGCUUGUUUGGCAGGUUCUGGGGUCCGACAUUAUUCAGUGAGAGAGGAAACAGAAAAAGGAUCAAUUGUGACCAACUUGGCAAAGGAUCUGGGACUAAAGGUCGGGGCAUUGUCUGCAAGGAACACUCGGGUGGUUUCUGAUGAAAACAAACAACACUUGCUCCUGGAUCCCCAGACUGGGGACUUGCUCACAAAUGAGAAGCUGGACCGGGAAAAGUUGUGCGGCCCCACGGAGCCCUGUGUUCUGGAUUUUCAAAUUUUACUGGAUAAUCCCUUUCAGAUGUACCAGGCUAAGCUGAGAGUCAUGGAUAUAAAUGAUCACUCACCAGCGUUUCGAGACAAAGAAAUGGUCUUAAAAGUGCCAGAAAACACAGCUGAAGGGACAGCAUUUCGACUAGAAAGAGCACAAGAUUCUGAUGGAGGAAUUAAUGGUAUCCAAAAUUAUACGAUAAACCCCAACCCUUUCUUCCAUCUGAAAAUUAGUGGCAGUGAGGAAGGUACAAUCUAUCCAGAGCUUGUGUUGGACCAGGCGCUGGACUGGGAGGAGCAGCAGGAGCUGAGCCUAACCCUCACAGCCCUGGACGGUGGGUCCCCACCCCGGUCUGGAACUGCCUCGGUACGCAUAGUGGUGCUCGACGUCAAUGACAACCCUCCACUGUUUGCCCACGACCUCUAUGAAACCCAGAUUCCAGAAGACAGCCCCACAGGGUCCCUGGUCAUUAAAGUCUCUGCAGGAGAUACAGACUCAGGAGUCAACGGGGCCGUGUCCUAUUCGCUCUUCGAUGCUUCUGAAGACGUUCGAACGACCUUUCACAUCGAUCCUUCUGGGGAAAUCAUUCUCAGAGCGUUACUUGAUUAUGAGACAAUAAAGUCAUACAGAAUCAAUGUACAGGCAACAGAUGGUGGAGGACUGUCGACGAGGUGCGCGGUUUUGGUGGAGGUGUUAGACACCAACGACAACCGCCCUGAACUGAGCAUAUCAUCCAUGACCAACCACAUUGCUGAGAAUUCUCCGGAGACAGUAGUGGCUGUUUUUAAAGUUAAAGACAGAGACGCUGGAGAAAACGGGAAGACGGUAUGCUCCAUCCAAGAGGACCUCCCUUUCCUUUUGAAAUCCACAGUUGACAACUUUUAUGUUCUAAUGACAGAAGGACCAUUGGACAGGGAGGCCAGGGCCCACUACACAAUCACCAUCACAGUCUCAGACCUGGGCACGCCCAGGCUGCAGAGCCAGCACAACGUGACAGUGCACGUGUCCGACGUCAACGACAACGCGCCCACCUUCAGCCAGGCCCUGUACACCCUGUUCGUGCUGGAGAACAACAGCCCCGCGCUGCACAUCGGCAGCGUGAGCGCCAGCGACAGGGACGCGGGCGCCAACGCCCAGAUCACCUACUCGCUGCUCACACAAGACCACACAACGCAGCAGCCACAGCCACAGGGGCAGCCGCAGGGGCAGGGGCAGGAGCAGGGGCAGGCUCGGCCGCAGGUGGACGUGGGCGCGCUGGUGGCCCUGGACGCGGCGAGCGGGCAGCUGUUCGCGCUGCGCGCGCUCGACUACGAGACCCUGCGCGCCUUCGAGUUCGGCGUGCGCGCGUCGGACGGCGGGUCUCCGGCGCUGAGCGGCGAGGCGCGCGUGCGCGUGGUGCUGCGCGACGCCAACGACCACGCGCCGCGCGUGCUGUACCCGCCGCGCAACGGCUCAGCGGCGGGCGCGUGCCCCGAGCUGGUGCCGCGCGGCGCCGAGGCGGGCUACCUGGUGAGCAAGGUGGUGGCGGUGGACGGCGACUCGGGCCGCAACGCGUGGCUGUCGUACGAGCUGCUGCAGGCCACGGAGCCCGGGCUGUUCGGCGUGUGGGCGCACAGCGGCGAGGUGCGCACGGCGCGGCCUGUGAGCGAGCGCGACGCGCCGCAGCAGCGGCUGCUGGUGCAGGUGCGCGACCACGGCGAGCCGCCGCUCUCGGCCAGCGUGGCGCUGCACGUGCUGCUGGUGGACGGCUUCUCGCAGCCCUACCUGCCGCGGCCCGACGCGCCGGCGGGGAAGGCGGGCUUGGCGGGACUGGCGGGACUGGCGGGUGUGGGGGGCGAGGCUGGGCAGGCGGAGGGGCUGACGGUGUCGCUGGUGGUGGCGCUGGCGGCGGUGUCUUCUCUGUUCUUGGCGUCUGUGUUGGCACUGGUGGCCGCGCGGCUGUGUGGGCGUGGCGGUGCUGAGGGUGCUGUGGCGGUGGGGUCUGGGUGUGGGGUGUCUGUGGGCGAGGGCCACUUGUUCCCUGCGGGGGCUGGGUGUGGUGGUGUGGGUCCUCUGGUGGACGUGGGCGGGGCGGGGACGCUGUCUCACAGCUACCAGUAUGAGGUGUGUGUGAGUGGAGGGACUGGGACAGGUGAGUUCAAAUUCAUGAGGCCCAUUAUACCCAACCUCACAGCUGAGGUUACUGGCAAAGAAAUAGAGGAAUCUCCUUGGCUCCACAAUGGGUUUGAAUUCAAAUAUGAGUGA